AUGAGCAGCAAGCGCACUCUUUUAUCGACAUCACCUGAUCAUAAAGAACAUACACCAAAAAAAUACGCGCCGUCCCUAAAUAUGAGUGUAAGCAGUCAUCAAGACGUGUUUACAUGGAGCAAACUAUGCGAAGUCCUGGACGACAAAUUGAAGGGUGUAGCAAAGAAAGAAGAUCUGACGGAUAUCAAACAUGAAAUUGAAGAAUUAAAACAUGAGAAUUCUAAAUUAAAGGAAGACAUAAAGAAAUUAACAAACCGUCUAGAACUAGUUGACCAGAAAUCGAGAACCACAAAUAUCAUGGUACCGCCAGCGAAGUCCAAAGGGUUUUAAAUGCUAGAAGUAACCUUAAGGGACAAGCAAUUUUUAUUCAGAAGGAUUACACUGCAGCUGAACAGUCUAUUAGAUACAAUCUCAGGCAAGUUAGCAAAGUAAUAUCUAAGCAUAAAAAAGAUGUAAAAGUACGGCUUGGUGAAUUUUGUAUCUACAUCAACGAUAAACGCUUUACUUGGUUCAAUGGAAAGAUACGUUCUUCCGCUACAAACGAUGUAAAAUUUCUAGAAGAUAUAUUAGCUGAAUGCGGUUUUAGUUGUGAGGUUGUUUGCAACGAAAACGUAGUAUUAAAUAAAAACGAUAACAAUCCUUAUGUACAAUAGCUAGCUGAUUCGUGCCAUAUAAUAGCUUAUAACGUUUGUAACCUUGAAAAAUCGCUAAAUUUUGGAAACUUUAUAACCUUUUUAAAUAAGUUUGAUAUUUUCUUUUUGUUUGAAACCCAUGUUGUUGCUAAUAAACAAACUUAUUUCUCAUCAUUUUUUCAAAAUUAUUGUCUACACUGGGUUGAAGCAAUUAAAAUACAUAAAUCGGGUCGUGCUAGUGGAGGUUGCCUAUUCGGUUACAAAAGAGAAAUGAAAAAGAAAUACAAGCUAAACUUUACCGAAUGCAAUAGCCAUACAAUGCUAUCUGUGAAUAUUGACGGAAAUUUAUUCCAACUUAUCCCGACCUAUCUGAAUAGUACGAGCUGGAAGAACGAUGCAGA